ACCAAUAUGGAUGUUAUACCUUGCAACAGAAGUAUAGCACCAACACCUAAUUAGAUCUCACCUGAGCCCAAAGUCUCACUGAACCCAACUCUCCCUUGAUGAUGAACUUUGUUUUUGGAGGUGAGUUAUGAACAGGGAUUGACAUUCAGUGAUAGAAUCGUGUCAACUUUAUCAGUUGUUUGCUCUUUAUUACAAAGGUUAAAUUUAGCACAACACUUCUAAAUGCAAAUUUGAACUUAUCCCCCCCUGAAAAUUAUGUGGAAAUCUCAAACCCUUUCCUGUAGAGCUCCAUAUUUUAAUCAACUACUCUUAAUGUGGGGUUUGAUUAUACAGUGGAGGAACAGCACUGCAGUAGGCCACAACAGUGCACAAACAUUGAGGUUUUUACCAACCCCCAGGGAUUAUGGUUAGUAGUAGUCAUAGGUGUCCUAUGAGUGGUUUUGAAUCUUGGGGUGGGAGGGCGCAGGCGCUGUGGAGAAGUUUCCAGAAAAAUACCAUCUUGCCUCGGUUGGAUGUGUCGAGGCAGAACAAACAGGAGUUCAAGCACAAAACUGAAUGUAGCCUGACGCCAACCUUUUCCUGCAUUUAAUAGCUCCUGUAAUGUUAAAGUCAGCGAUGUAUCGUUCGUUUCUGGACUUUAUUGGUCAGUUUACCUCCUUAUUUCUGUCUGCUCUUGACUUAUUUUGAUUGCAAAAAAAGACAUUUUUUGAAAUGCCUUGUGUACUCAUUAUUGCUUGUUCGUCUCUUGCAAUUUAGAUAAAUGAUAUAACAUUAAACUCAAGGUGGUUGAGUCACAAGCAGUAGGGAGGCGGCAGCGAGCCAAAGGAGCGUCCGUGCGUGUUCCGGAGUGGCGGGCGCUCCGGUCCCCCUCCCCGAGCCCAGAGAGGCCUGCAGGACACGCACUCUGAAGACAUCGGGACUGUACUUGCUUUGUGGGGUCUUGACACACUCUGUACUAAUCCAGAUGGUAAAAUGAUGCAGAUAAACUUGACUGGCUUCCUGAACGGGAAGAACGCUCGCGAGUUCAUGAAGGACCUCUGGCCCCUGUUGCUGAGUGCCCAGGAGAACAUCGCCGGCAUCCCCUCGGCCUUCCUUGAGCAGAAGAAGGAGGAGAUCAAGCAGAGACAGGUGCGACAGAUCGAACAGGAGAAAUUGGCCACUCUGAAGAAGAUGGAUGAAGAUAAGAAGGAGAAGGAGCUCAAGGAGAGAGCUCAGUCCAAGAGUCCCAAGCGGCGGAAAUCUCGUUCUCCGGCGAAACGGGAAAGGAAGCGCAGUCACUCUCGCUCACCUCGCCGCAAACCCAGCCCUCUAGCCACGCACACCCCCAGCCCACCCAAUCACAAAAAUGAGCCACAGCCAGAGCCUGACCAAUCGGAGAGCUCCAAGCCAGAACCAAUGAUCCAGGAGGCCUCCUCUACCAGCGACCUCGCACCUGAGGCGAAGCCGGACUCCGUGGUUGAGAUCGCAAAGGCUGUGUCUCCGGAGAAAGUGGCGAAGACUGAGGACAAAGUGAAGCCACGGGAGCAUGAGAAGGAAGGGAGACGAGAUCGUCCACGCCAUCGCACCCGGUCCCGCUCGCCCCGGUCCCGCCGACGCCCCAGGUCCCGCUCCAGGUCCUACUCCCCCCGCCGCAAAUCAAGCCCACGGAGGCGUGUGUCCCCGCGACGCAGGAGUCCUCCCAGACGACCCCCUCCCCCCAGACACAGGCGCAGCCGCUCACCUGCCCGCAGGCGGCGCUCUCGUUCUCGGUCAUCUUCGGGCAGCUCUUCUUCGCGCUCGCCCCACAAAAGACCAGCAAAGCGGGCGUCGGGCACGCCACCCAGAAAGCAGCCCCGUCACCCUGAGCCGCCCUCCAGCCCGCCUCGCAGACACCGCAGCCCUGCCGGCCCUGAUGCCAGCCCCUCAGGUUCAAAGCGUCGAGUUAGUGGAAGAAACGAAUCACCGUCUCCCGCUCCAAAACCCAGACGGUCGGAUGUAUCGGAAUCAGAGGAGGAUAAGGUGGGGAAGGGAGCUACAGCAGACUCUGUCCAGCAGAGGAGACAGUACCGCCGGCAGAAUCAGCAGUCGUCUUCAGAGACAGGCUCCUCAUCCUCAUCCUCAGAAGAUGAAGGCCCGAGGAGGCCAGGCAGAGGGCCCUCUGCCAGAAAUGGCGAGAUCAGGAGGAGGCGGAGUCACUCUCCUGCAUCACCUAGGAGACGGCACAGGGACCCGUCGCCGAGGAAGAGACGAUCUCCGUCACCUCGGCGUCAUCGCUCGCCUUCUCCAGCCAGACGUCGCAGGACUCCGUCCCCUCCUCCUCGACGCAGGUCUCCCUCCCCUCCUCCUCGCCGUCGCUCGCCGUCCCCAAGACGCUAUUCGCCUCCCAUCCAGCGUCGCUUUAGCCCCUCCCCUGUCCCCGCCCAGAAGCGCCGCCCCUCUCCCUCCCCUGUUUCCAAGCGCCGGCCCUCUCGCUCUCCCAAGCGCGGUCGUGCAUGCAGCCCCGGGAAACGUCGCAGCCCACCCUCUUCGGCCUCGCCGCCGCCACGCCAUCGCCGGAGCCCCCUGCUGCCCCCUGCAGCACGCCAGACCAGGGAGCCCCGCUCCUCCCCACCCCUGGGGCACGGAGCCCGAGGCUCAGCCAGCCCGCUGGCCAGGCGCCCGCCCUCCAGCUCUCCCCCACAGAGGCGACAGCAGUCCCCUGCUCACGGCAGACCCAUACGCAGGGUGUCCCGCACACCAGAGUCACACAAGAUGCAAAGAAACUCUGAGAGCCCGCGGACGAUGAGGAGACCCGCGUCUUGCUCGCGCUCCGCUUCCCCGCCGCCUUUCCCAGCAGCCUCGUUGGCAACCUCUGGGGCUCAGAAACGGCCAGCCCCUGCCUCGCGGUCACCCUCUCCCUCUCCCACCCGCUCAGCCAGCGGAUCACCGCCACCCCCAGCCAAGAAGGCCAGCAGUGCCUCCCCAAGCCCCUCCCCCAACAAGAACUCUGAUGUAGAUGGUGGGAAGAAAAAGAAGAAGAAAAAGGAGAAGAAACACAAGAAAGAGAAAAAGCACAAGAAACACAAGAAGCAUAAGAAGGAGAAGAGCGGGGCGGGUCCAGCGGCGGGCGAGCAGGACCACGAAUCUGACCAGAAAAAGGAAUCAGAGAGCGAAGUAGAGGACAGUCUGGAUGACCUGGAGAAACACCUGCGAGAGAAAGCGCUACGCUCCAUGCGCAAAGCCCAGCUAUCUCCGCCCCAGUCCUGAAAGUCACCCCCCACUCCCCCUUAUUUUUAAAAAUGUUUAAUGUUGGUUCAGCUUUAGAAUGUACAAAUUGUUUAAAUUUCUCAUAGGAUUGUUUUUGGGUUUUUUUCCUUUUUAAAAUUUUGUGAUAUGGGUUUUUUUUCUUCCUAUUCUAGCAUGAUCUUUGCUUUUCUCUUCACCCACAGCAAUGAUUACAUGCAUCUACAGAAAAGUGACUCCCUCCCCUCGCCUUUUUCAUGACCCUUAUUUUCUUUUUUUAAAUGAAGGGAAGCCAUUAACUGACCUUGGUAGUUUGAAGAUCCCUUUGUAGACUUGAUCAUAACUUCCGUAGUGACAGGAUUGUGUGGGUGGUGGGGUGUGGGCGGUCACGGGUGGCCAUCGCAUGAGCAACAGAUGACCAUUGUGUGUGAGCUCCUGUGUGCAUGCACCUGUACAUUUACACACACACCCAACCCACCCACACACACACACACACCCUACAGCUGCCUCUUGCCGUGGCUUUGGUCAGCGACAACUUUUAUGCAGCUUCCUGUCACACUGAAGAAAAAAAAAAAAAGAAAAAAAAAAAACCACACCUAUUUGCAUACUUUCUUUGGUUUCUCUCAGCCCCAUAUAUUUUUUUUGUAACUGUAAAGUUGUUUCGAGUUGUUGAACCUCACUGAAAAUUCUGGCUUUGAAAAAGUCUCAAUAAAAGAAAGGAUACGCUUUCA